AUGGGAAAGAAGAGUAAAGCGGUUCAAGACCGGCAGAAUGGGAAGUCCAUUGGAAAGAAGAAAUCCAAUGCAAACCCGUUAAAACGUCACGCUGGGAAGAAGACCGUAGUUACUUUUGAUGACCAUCAAGAUGGAGAUACUGGGGAUUCGGAUUCCGAAGCCUUGGAUCAUGUGUCAAAUAAAGAGUUAAAGACAAGGGCACUGAGGUUAUUGAAAGGGCGUGAGAGUUUACCAGUAUUCCAGAAUAAGGAAAAGAUCGUGUCUCACAUUAAAGCUAAUCCAGUUACCAUAUUGAUUGGUGAAACAGGUUCUGGUAAAUCUACACAAAUUCCCCAAUUUUUGAUGGAUGAGAUUUCUCCGAUGCACAAAGGGGCCAUAGCUGUUACUCAACCACGUAGAGUUGCAGCAAUCAAUCUUGCAACUCGGGUGGCGCAAGAGCACGGAUGUAGAAUUGGUCACGAAGUUGGUUAUUCUGUUCGGUUUGAUAAUAAAAGUCACAAGACAAGAACUAAAUUGAAAUACUUGACAGAUGGUAUGUUAAUCAGAGAAUUAAUGCUGGACAAGAACCUAUCCAAUUAUAAAUGCAUAAUCAUAGAUGAAGCACAUGAGAGAACUAUAUUGACGGAUUUGAUUUUAGGUUUUUUGAAGGAACUUCAACUGACCAAAAGGAAAGAUUUGAAAGUAAUAGUAAUGUCUGCCACAUUACAAGCAGAUCUAUUCAGCAAAUUCUUUUCGAACGCACCUAUACUAUUCGUUGAAGGCCGCAAAUUCAAAGUAGACAGAUAUUAUCUACCCAGACCUUGUGAAGAUAUAGUGGAUAGUGUGGUACGCUGUUCAGUUCAGUUAAACAGUUCAGAAACUACAGGAGAUAUACUCUGUUUUUUACCGGGGCAAGAAGAGAUUGAUAAAGCAGUGGCCAUUUUAAACAAAAUCAUUCCAUAUUUAGACGAAUCUGUACCACGCAUCACAGCAUACCCACUUUAUGCUGCAUUACCACCAAAAGAUCAAGCUAAAGUCUUCGAACCUUUAAAGGGAUUCAAAAGAAAAAUCGUAUUGGCGACUAACAUUGCGGAAACAUCUGUUACCAUUCCUGGAGUUAAAUAUGUGAUAGACUGUGGAUUAAGGAAGGUGAAAGUUUGGAGGCAUCAGUUGGGGCUAGCUACGUUACUAACUGUUCCUGUUUCAAAGGCUAGUGUAGCACAAAGAGCCGGUCGUGCAGGCAGAGAAAGUUCAGGUAAAUGUUUUAGAUUAUUUACAGAAGCUGAUUACAAACAACUGCCGAAACAAUCUGAGUCCGAAAUUACUCGAUGUGAAAUUACGUCCCCUAUCUUGAUGUUGAAACAGUACGGCGUACAAGAUAUUGUAAACUGGUCGUGGCUAGAACAUCCAGGGAAAGAAGCUAUUAUCUCGGGGCUAAAAGAAUUAUAUGAACUUGGUGCUCUCAAUGAACAGGGUCGUGUCACUGAUAGAGGUCGCAAGAUGGCGCUAUUACCUUUAGCACCACAUCUAAGUAACGUUUUGAUUCAUGCUCAAGAGACUCAAGUAUUGCCAUACGUCAUAGAUAUAGUAUCAUGUCUGAGUGUUGAAAACUUGGUGUUAAACCCAUUGCCUGAGGAACGAGAUGAGGUCAACGAAAGAAGAAGGGCAUUAUGUACCCUAGGCAGUAAGCACGGUGACCUAAUCAUGCUAAAAGAGUUAUUCGACAUGUAUCAAUCAUUACAAAGCAAUUCGGAGAAACAAGAAUGGUGUAAACAGUUAUGUGUAUCUCAGCGUGGAUUCAAAAACGUGAUUAAAGUCAGAGAACAGUUGACAGGGUAUAUGAAGAGACUGUACAAUGAACCGGUAGAAAUUAAAACAAAACAGGACACCCUACAACCAGAAGAAGACAUUGCUACGAAUCUGUUGCAGCCGCCAGACAUUGCGGGUGUUUUAAAAUGUUUCCUAUAUGGGUUUGUCAAGAACACUGCAAUUGGAAUGCCUGAUAAAUCUUUUAGAACAACGCCAACAGGGGAACCAAUAUCGAUCCAUCCGUCCUCGAUGUUAUUCAUGAAUAGUGGCGAUGAAAUAGGUCCAUGCCCUGCGAUAUUAUACAUCGAACACGUAUUCACAACAAAGGGAUACGCGCGGUCUGUUUCUCGAAUUGAAUUGGCAUGGCUGCAAGAAAUUGCCUCAGGCGUUUUGAAGCAAUCGACAAGAUAA